CUUGGCUUCGACGGAAAUGUCAACUGAUUCAACGCAACGAAGCGUUAAAAAAAUCUGUAAGAAGUUUCACGUUAAAAUCGUUGACCAUCCUGCAGGUAUUCAGUGCUCUUCAUUGUUUCCUAACGAUACCACAUAGAAAAGAUCGACUUACAAGCAGCGUAAUAUGGGUUCAGCGGCGGAAAAAGACAAGGGAGUAAUCAAAUAUCGCUCACGUAUCCCAUGGAUUAUAGAAUCAUGUUGUUGUACUGUAUGUGUUUGCACUUUGUAAAGUCGCACGCAUGUUCGUGACGUAAGGAGAACCGAAGGGCAGGCCACAACUGACGAGUGCAUAUGCACACAAUAUGCGUGCAAUACUCACGUCAAAAUUGCAGCGCACGAGUUACUAUCUCGGAACUGCUAACGUUUUAAAUCUAACAAAAUUACGGCUGCACUUUGAAUACGUAAUUGGCGCAUUAGAUGCAAAAAAAAAUAUAAAAAAAAUAGUCUCAGCCAUAACGCAAACUCCGAAAGCAACGGUAGCAACAACCUAUGCAUUUAAGCGUGUCGGUUAUUAUGACAAGCGCAAGCAGCAGUCAUUAUUACAUUAUAUUAGCAAUGGAAGUCCCGCCCGCUACUACUGCUUCUGCUACUAGUCAUCAGUAUGGGUGGUAGUAUAGUGGUAGUGGUGCUGUGGUGGUAGUGGCGAUGGCCUUGCUGUCUGCGCGCUACCUCUCCAUCCACCGUAGCUAACUGUACACUUGGUGAAACCCGGUAUCGAUGAUCGACGAUCAUAAUUGCGCUGCUGCGACGAUGAGCAGCCGUUCGACAACAAUAAGCCCGUACAUCGCCGCGCGACGUUUACUUACUGCUGAUAACAGCGUAGCGAGAUACAAUCAGACGUGCAUGCGUUAGCUGUGACAAGUUGUGUGAGGUUAUUCCCUACUGAUAUUAUACACGCACACUGGAAUAUCAAAUCAUUUGUAUUUUGCGAUUAUGCUGGAGAUUGCGUACACCGUCGAUCCAAGAUAAUACAGAGCUUUGUUGUUAUAGCGCAGUAGUGAGCGAGUGUGUGCGUGCAACUAAAGAGGAGUCGACGGAUUCGGACGUCGUAAACAAAGCUCAGUCGAGAUGGUGUUCGAAUCUAUUGUUGCGGAAUUGCUCAACAAAGUCCUCGGAGAAUAUAUUCAGAAUCUCAACUACAAGCAGCUCAAGCUCGGCUUGUGGGGAGGAGAUGUAGUUCUAAAUAAUCUUUUAAUAAAAGAAAGUGCUUUGGAUGUGCUAAAUCUGCCUAUAAAACUACAAUAUGGCAGAUUGGGCAAAUUAGUACUGAAGAUCCCAUUCACUGAUAUGUGGAAUGGUCAAAUUGAUGCUGUAAUAGAAGAAUUAUUUAUUCUAGUAGUUCCAACUAGCCAAGUAGCUUACGAUGCAGAAAAAGAAGCCAAAGCGCAACUGGAAGCAAAGCGAGCAGAGAUUGCUAGGGUGGAAAAGAGUAAAGCUUUAGCUGACACAAAAAAUCAAGAAAAGGUUGAUGAUUCAAUGAUGGAAAAACUCAUAGCACGAAUGAUAAAAAAUAUUCAUGUAGAAGUUAAAAGCAUACAUGUAAGAUAUGAAGAUCGAGUGAGUUUCAAAGAAAAUCCUUUUUCCGUUGGAAUUACUCUCAAUCGUUUUGCUCUUGAAAGUUGUGAUUCUAACUGGUCUAGUGGCAAUCUCAAGGAUAUGUAUGCCAUUCAACAAAUUUUCAAAUUAUGCAUAAUGGAUGGAUUUGCUGUGUACUUGAAUCCUCAUCCAAAAUUAUUCAGUGUAGACACACCAACAAAGUAUAUAGAAAUAUUUGCGGAAACAAUAGCUACAGCUGAUUUUUUACCAGAAAACUAUCAAUACUUACUGGGUCCAAUAAAUGUCAAAGCAAAACUUAAACUUAAUCCCAAGCCAGAAACAGAUGGCAGUAAUUAUACCAUACCAAAAGUUUGGUUGGAUCUAGAAAUGCAAACAUUGAGAAUAGGUUUAACAAAACGUCAAUAUCAAACUAUUAUGCAGAUGAUGGAAGGUUUAGAAACAGCUAGAAUAGCUGCGCCUUAUAGGAAAUACAGACCAAAUUUAUCAAGUUAUCGGGGACAUUAUAAAGAAUGGUGGAAAUUUGCAUACACUUGCAUAUUGGAAGAACAAGUAAGAAGAGCCCGUAAAAAUUGGAACUGGAAUCAUAUUAAAAAUCACCGAGAUACUCGUCGAAGUUACGCUAAACUGUAUCGUUCAAAAUUAACUACAAAACAGCCUCCGUCUGAUCUUGAAGACCAAUUAGCUGAUCACGAGAAAAAAUUGGAUAUUUGUGAUCUAAUUAUAAUAAGACAACAAAUUGAAAUGGAGGUUGAAAAACUAAUUGAAAAAGAAAAAAAUCUUAAUGCUAAUCGUGGAUGGUUUGGUUUCUUAUGGGGCUCGCCGAAAAAAGAAGACAUUCAAGAGCUCAAUACUGCUGCGGCCAUAAUGAGAAAGUUUGAGGAAGCGAUGACACCGGCAGAAAAAGAAAAAUUAUAUCGAGCUAUAGAUUAUCAAGAAAACUCAUCCCCAACGUACUAUCCUGAAUCUUACGAAGAAAUUGUAACAGGCUUCUUUUUGCACGGCUUGCAAAUUUUGUUACUUGAUACAGAUCGUGAAAACCCAGAAAUUUUAGACUUACAAUUGACUGGGGUUAAAGCUGACUUCAAAUCCAGGCCAUCAGCUAAUGCCAUUUACACCUCAGUGUCAAUGAACGAUUUGAAGUUGUUUGGUGUCAAGCAGGGAGAAAAAGUGCCUUCAUUAUUCAAUUCAGACAAAGAUACAGAAUUGGAAGAUGGUUUAUUUUAUGUGUCCUAUGAGAAAAAUCCUGCUGAUAAAUUGUGUGGGGAUAGAAUAAUUGUUAAGACUAGUUCUGUACAUAUUGUUUACGAUGCACAGACUAUAAUACAACUUAUUAAAUUAUUCAAAGUACAAAAUCCUUCUACUUUAAACCAAUUGCAAGCUGCUGCUGCAGAACAACUAGUCAAUCUGAAGGGAGUAUCAGCUUUAGGUCUAGAGUACGCAAUUCAAAAACACGCAGCCUUGGACAUACAGGUUGAUUUGAAAGCGUCGCAACUCAUAAUACCGCAUGGAGGUUUUUUUAAUGGUAACGAAUCCUUAAUUGUGAUCAACCUUGGUAGUCUCAAAGUACAUUCUCUGGAAAAGCCUACGGAUAGCGAAUCUAAUUUAAGCGUCAAGUCUCUAGUCAGCAUGGGAAAGAGCGAAAAAGAUAUUUUAGAACAUCUAAGACAACACAGUUAUGAUAAAUUUGUAUUAAAAAUAGUUAAUUUUCAAGCUCUUAUUUCGUUGAGCAACGAAGAUUGGCGAGAUGCUUUAACCAGUACAGCGAGCCCAAUAAAAGUUUUGCAACCUACGUCUUUGGAAAUUCAAUUUCACAAAUGUCUCAUCACGGAUGAUCCAUUGCUUCCGAAAACGAGACUCAUAGGAAAACUGCCAUCGGUCGCAUUAAAUAUUACUGAAAAACGAUUACUUGAAGGUCUUGCAAUUGCUCAAAGUAUUCCUAUGCCGGAGGAAGAAGUUCCCACAGAACUGCCACCGCGAGUUUCAAUAUCAAAGUCAGUGUCUCAGAUGUCGUUGUUCAAAGAAUUCCAAGUUAAUCUUCCAUCCGAAAAGGGGCAGGAAGAAAGCUCUGCUUCGUUGAAACAAACAAUUGAUCUUGAAGCAAAAUUCGUCAUGAAAGAAUUUACUGUGACAAUAUCGAAACAAAAUAAACAACAAAAAAUCAUUCCAUUCAUAAGACUCGAAUUGUUACAACUUGAAGCUGAGUUGAUGCAACGAACUUUCAAUCAAGAAGUCAUGCUUAGAUUAGGAGGUGUUCAAAUUAAACAGAAUCAUGAUACCGGUGAAAUAUUCAUGAUCGACACGCCCAUGUCAUCUGGAAGCGAGGAAUAUCUUAUUAUUAUACAAUUUAUCAAUAUGAAUAAAGGAUCACCAGAAUUUUCCAAAUUAGGUUCAGUUGUGAAUUUACUUCAAUUAGAAUUCACCACGUUAAACGUUUUAUUGCAUCAAGAAGCUUUGAUAAAUGUUCUUCAAUUCUUGUCUAAUGUUCAAGAUAAUGUCAGCAAAGCAACGACUACCGUUGUAGAUCUCAAAAAAGAACCAAGGGUUAGUAGAGUUGGUCAUUUAUCAACCAUACAAGAAGAUACUUCGACAUUCAUCAAAGAACAGAUUCAACGACAACGUGGACCGAUAAAAAUUCGUCGGAAAAAAGCUCCCGUCGAAGUAGUGGAUUUUAAAAUAACAUUUAAAAUUGGUACUAUAAGUUUGAAAAUGAGGAAUGAUUACAGAGAUAUUAGUGCAUUUUACAUAGAAGGUAUUACAGCUGGAUAUAUUAUGAAGGAAUCACAUUCCAAAGCAAACGUACAAUUAAAUUCUGUUAAAGUAAAGGAUCUUAAUGCGGCUUCAAUCUACAGAAAUAUUGUGUCAGUAGAAGGUUCUGAAUCGUUGCAAAUUGAGGCUAUCAUGUACAAUGUUGAACCGGAUGAUAUUGACAAAAAUAAUAUGUCUAUCACAAUAACAAUGGGUUGUCACAGGGUUGUAUUUUUGAAUUCUUUUGUAACAGCUGUUAUGAAUUUUCUGAAUAACUUCCAAGCUGCUCAACAAGCCAUAGCCGAAGCAUCAGCAGCAGCUGCUGAAGCCGCUAGAACGAAUAUCAAAGAUGUACAUGAACGUGCCACUCGUAUUGAACUAUCCGUCAAAUUAAAAGCACCAGUUAUAUAUGUACCAAUGAACUCAAAAAGUGAGCACUGCCUCAUGUUAGAUAUGGGUAAUCUUACCGUAAGCAAUGUGCUGAAAAAAAUCGAUACUGUUACCGAAUCAGGCCAAUAUCCUGUAGUAGAUGAAAUGAAUGUGGCUUUACAAAAUUUGAAAUUAUCUCGGGUACGCCUGAACAAGGAAAAUUUUGUUGCUGAGAAUGAAGUCUUGCUUCUUCAACCGGUCAGCGUUAUACUUCUGUUAAAACGCAAUUUAUCAACCGCUUGGUUCCGAAAGAUACCAGAUAUCGAAAUGUCUGGUAGGAUGAAAAAAAUUACCAUCCUCUUGAAUCAAGAAGAUUACGCCAUGAUCAUGUCCACUCUCGAUGAAAAUCUAGGAGAGAGUGCUAACGAUCGACCUGUUGAUAUGAAACCAUCCCAUCCGAGACCAGAGUUUAGGAGGCAAUUAACUACAGAGGAACACACAAGGCCCAGUCAGUUUAAAACAGAAGUAGAAAUCGCACAAGAACCUGGAACGUCGCAGGAUCAGGAGCAGCGUCACGUUCAGGCAACCAUUAAAUUUGAAUUUAUUAUGGAUAGUUUAGUCAUUCAAUUAUUUACUGGUGGUUCCAAAAUGUUGAAAACACAAAAUUCACCUCUGCAUCUACCAGAAAACUCGUUGGCAAAAUUCGGACUGACUUACUUAGCGGUCAAAGGUCAAAUGUUUGCCAAUGGUCUUUUAGCCACAUCCAUCCUAUUGAUGAACUGUACGUUAGACGAUACUCGUCGAAAUCGGCAGGGUUCUUUAGUGCGUAUUAUGGAACGAACUAGUGCGUUGCCAGAUAACUUUUGUACGGAUGACGAGUCAAAACCAGUGAGAAGUAUGUUGGACGUAACUGUGAGAAAAAGUCCUACCGAUAUCUUUGUUGACGUUCGAGUAUUUUCAUUCAGUAUCAUAGUUUCUCUUGAUUACCUAAUGAAAAUCAAAGAUUUUUUCAAUUCGAACCCCCAUGAAACGACGCAGCAAUCGCAAGCUGCUCUGCAAGCAUCACAAAAAGCAUUACAGUUGGAAGCUGCGUUAAAACGAAAAUCUGUUCCAGCGACUCCAGUUCCUGUGGUCGAUACCAUGUUAACUAUUAAUUUACAUAUAGAAAAACCAGACAUCAUAUUACUGGAGGAUAUGGAUGAUAUCGAUUCUAAUUGUAUCGUACUUAACACGGAGAUAUUAAUGAAAUUCCGAAUGAUGGGCGAGCAUCAAGUUAUAAAUGGCUCAAUCAAAGACCUUUCUAUUCUCGCUGGCAUUUAUAACCCAGCUAAACGAUCUGAUUGGAUAUAUCAAGUAAUUAGACCGAUAAACAUCAGUAUUGCUGGUUCGACGCCAGAGGGUAAAGGAUUACAUGUAGAUAUUUGUAGUACUGACAUUCACAUCUCAGUUUCACCGGGCGUCAUCGAAAUUUUAAAUCGAGUUGUACAAACUGUAAUAAAAAAAGAGGAAGAUUCUGGUGAAGUUAAAAAACAAGAACCUAAUCACGAUGGUCUUUGGAUCAUUACUCCAUUCAAGGAAAGCGAUUAUUGGUUUUUGAAAACAGAAGUAGCUCAAGAAGCGAAUGAAGAUCUUCAAUUUUCUGACGAAGAAGAAAAUGGAACACCAGUUUAUAAGCCAGAGGUAGCAAUUGUUUCAGCACCAACAAUAUUACUUACCCUUGAAGCUGGUAUCGGUAAUAAAACGUUACCUAUGCUGCUUUUGCAUUUAGGUUUUCAAAGUGACAUACAUGAUUGGAGUACCAAUACGAUGAGCAUCGAAGCAUCGAUGUCUGUAGUUAUGGCUUAUUACAAUAGUCGAUUGGCUCUGUGGGAACCACUUAUAGAACCCAUGGAAGCGGUUAAAAAUGGAAAACGUACUUCUACGCCCUGGGAACUAAAAACGAAAAUUCAAUUUAAUGAUAUGCAAGUCGAUCCGGCUAUUAAUGCUCUUAGCCCAAUGUCAGAUAUAGAGCCAGAAGAAUUUCAGCAAAAAUCAAAAAUGUCCAUCGAUAUUUUGUCAUCAGAAAACUUAGAGAUAACAGUGACAAGAACUUGUUUAGAUGUAUUAAAACAACUUGGUAAUGCAUUUUCUAAUGCCAUGGAAGUAGGUAACAAAUCAUCUACAAAAAAUGCUGCUCCUUACAUAUUGAAAAAUGAAACCGGAUUAGCUAUGAUUUUGGAUUUAGAAAAUAGUCAUUUCAAGGUAGCAGAAGGCGAAGGUAAUGUUCAGAAAAAUCCUCGCGCAUCCUAUGCUGAAGUAAUUUUAGAGUCUGGAGCUUCCGUAGAACUUGCGUCCAAAGUUAAAGUUGAAAUACACUUAUUAGAACAAUUAAAGGCUGACACAGUAAAAGAUCGGGGCAUUAAAAAGUUCGUCAUAUCAUUCAAAGGGAUCGAUGGAAAACUAGAGAUUCCAGUUCUACGUGCAGACAAACGAUUUUUCUCUUUAAAAUAUAGAAAAGAAGGUUCGGAAGAAUGGGGUAUCAUAUCCGAUGUUGUUGUCGAAGACGGUAGUACUAUUGUGACGUUGAGAAGUAUCUUACAGGUACACAAUCAUUUUUGUGAACCAGUAUCAGUUUAUUAUAUGACAAAGCGUGGUAACGAGGUUGAAAAAGUUGGCACUGUUUCUCCCGACGAGAAGCUUAAUUUACCAUUAGAUGCUGUUUAUACUCCUACCAAUAUCUACUGGCUCUUCUUCAGUAUUGACGGAUACAUGGUAUCAAUAGAACCAUUCGUCUGGAAGGAUCUUCAGAAAACUGUUUCGAUGACGAAAGUUUUAAAAUGCGAAACGCGCUCCAAAAUGGACACGAUCGAGCCCUUUUACAUUCAGACGUUAUACGCGAUGCUGAUAGUGGCUAGCGUCCUCUUUAGUAGCGAAACACUUGGUCAUUUGGUGAAUCUGGUCGAGCGUCAAUUUCCCCGUUCAACUAAUAGCCGUCGUCGACUCGCCGAUUGGCGAGCUCGUAUCGACUUACCUCAUGUUUUUCAACCACCCGCUUCGCCUAUUCAGGCUGUUGGUGAAAUUGAGCAGGUUUACUUCGAAAAUACAUCGCGACACACAAUGGCAAGCACCAUCUACAAUGUCCAUCUUUAUCCAUCGGUAUAUUUGAAGAACUUCCUUCCGAUUGACAUCGUCAUAUGUCUGCCUGGAAACACACAAGAACGAAAGGUUGAAGCAAGCACUACGUUACAAAUACCCACAAUCGAUCCUAAUCAUUCCAACAUCGUUAUUAAACUGAUACAAUAUUUGGAAAAAGACUGGUCAUGCAAAGUGGAUAUAACAGCCAAUGCUCCAGAAUUUUCGGUUUGGUCAUUUGAAUCAUUUGACAGUGCACAGAAAGUCAUUAUGGAUUUGGGCAUACACACAUCGUAUAAUCACGGAUCAAUAAUCAUGGCACUCUAUUGUCCUUUCUGGAUGCUGAAUAAAACUGGUCUCAUGCUUUCUUACCGGAAAUCAAGUAAAGGUGGCAAAGAGCACUCAAGUCCGAUCAAGACUACAGAGGAUCACCUGAACGUGUUAUAUCAUCCAGAGACGUUCAAAGGCCCGAUUUUAUUUUCAUUUAGAUCCAAGGUAUUUUUCGGCAAAAAAAAAGCCAUGGUCCGCAUUGAAGAUGGUGAAUGGUCAGAUAAAUUUUCCAUCGAUGUGGCUGGGAGUAAAGGUGUUGUAUCAUGUAAAUACAAUGGGAAAGUCUAUCAGAUUGGCGUUCAUAAUCAGCUCACGUAUAAUUCGUUAACAAAACAGAUAACAUUCACGCCAUAUUACGUGUUGAUCAAUGAUGCAGACUUCAUAAUUGAGUGUCAAGAAGCUGAUCGCCCCGCUGAUCCACUCAUCAAAGUGCCACCUGGUGAGUGCGCUGCCUUGUGGCCGCAUUGUGAGCUAGAGGAAAAAACAUUAAAAGCUAAAGUUUACGGGCAUCCAGAAAAAACUGCUGCCUUUAUUUAUACUGACGUCCACAGUACUCUGCUAAAGCUCGACAACAAGUAUGGUGGCAUUAACGUUGAUGUACAGAUAAACGAAGGCGGAGUUUACGUAUCGCUCUCGGCUUACACUCCGGGUAAUGCACCGGCUUUGAUAAUCAACCACACCCCAUUUCCAAUGCAUCUAUGGGAAAAAGGCUCACUAAACGUGCGAACGAUACAGUCGUAUAACCGUAUGUUUUACACCUGGGAAAAUCCAGCAGGGCCAAGAAUGCUCGUUUGGGAGGAUGGAAAUAAACGCGAAAUCGCCGAUAAUCUUAAAAAAGAUAAUUUAGGAGCCUUUAUUAUACCCGAUAUCGAUCAAGAAGUUUAUUACGUGUCUUUUCUCGAUGGUACUCAAAGAGUAUUGCUUUUCACGCCUAAUCUGAAGAUCGCUGAAGAUUGUCAAUUGGUUGGCGAUCUCGAAAUCAUCGAUCAGGACAUAACUCUAAGUAUUCAUGGAGUUGGAUUAUCAUUGGUAAAUAAUAUCAAUCGAUCGGAGCUUCUGUAUAUGUGCAUCGCAAGUUCUGGAAUUAUUUGGGAAACGAGAAAAUCGAUGAAUGGUAGAUGGCGUGCUUUAAACAAUCGAGAAGUAGGAAUGAUCGAAGAAGGAUAUCAAAGAUAUAUGAGAGAGCUUCAAGUUGAUAAAGAAACGUUUUAUCGAGUUUCUUUGGAACCAAAAUUAGAAGUGGACUAUAUGAAUAUGGAAAUGUUAAGACCCCAUCGACGAUUUUUACGUCGUACUUUCCAAACCGGUCUCUGGUUACAGUAUCGGACUUCGGUACACCAAGUUCAGUUGCAUGCUAAAAUCAACCGGUUACAAAUUGAUAAUCAAUUAUCAGAUUGCGUAUUUCCUGUUAUAUUGGCGCCCGUACCCCCGCCCAAAAGUGUCUCCCAAAGUUCAAUUAUGAAGCCUUUCGCCGAACUGAGUAUGGUCAAACGUUUGCUAGCUCACAGUAAUGUUCAACAAUUUCGUUAUUUUAAAGUGCUUGUUCAAGAGUUCCACAUUAAAGUUGAUUUAGCUUUCAUGAACGCGCUCAUGCUAUAUUUUGAGGCCGAUAAAGCUAAUGAUACCCAAGAGAGUGAAUUAUUCAAAAUCGAUAUGAAAUUGGUAAAUGAGCCUUUGCUACACCAUGUUAACUUGAUCACGACAGCCGAGCAAAAGAAUUUCUUCGACUUGUUACAUUUUUCACCACUUAAGAUUCACAUAAGUUUUUCGAUGACUGGAAGUGGAGGUGGCCCUUCAGCAGUACCCCAAGUACUUAAUGUACUUCUUCAGGGUAUUGGUGUUACCAUAACUGACAUAAAUGAUAUUGUCUUCAAAUUGGCGUACUUUGAGCGUGACUACGUAUUUAUGACUCACAAUCAACUUAUAUCCGAGGCUACCAGUCACUACACUGGCCAAGCUAUAAAACAACUUUACGUUUUAGUUCUUGGUCUUGAUGUUAUAGGCAAUCCUUAUGGUUUAGUUGUUGGAGCUAUGAAAGGUGUGGAAGAUCUUUUUUAUGAACCAUUCCAAGGUGCCAUUCAAGGACCAAGCGAAUUCGCUGAAGGUCUUUUGCUUGGGGUCAAAAGUGUGCUAGGUCAUACUGUAGGUGGUAUGGCUGGUGCUGUAUCCAAAAUUACUGGAGCAAUGGGCAAAGGACUUGCUGCUUUAACGUUUGAUAAAGAUUAUCAAAGAAAAAGACAAGAACAAUUAAAUAAGCAACCAGCUAAUCUACAAGAGGGUUUGGCUAGAAGUGGAAAAGGACUUGUUAUGGGGGUCGUUGAUGGUAUAUCAGGAGUUGUUAUGAAGCCGAUUUCGGGUGCUAGAGAAGAGGGUGUAGAAGGAUUUUUCAAAGGGUUUGGCAAAGGAGUUGUUGGUCUUGUUACGAGACCAACUGCAGGUAUUGUGGACUUUGCCAGUGGUUCAUUUGGAGCAGUUAGAAGAGCAACAGAUAUGAAUGAAGAAGCAAAAAGAGUUAGACCUCCCCGCUUUUUGCAGCCUGACAGUUUGGUUAGACCUUAUGUUCGCGAUGAUGCUGAAGGAAACAAGAUACUUAGUGAGCUAGAAAAAGGGAAAUAUGCAAAUACCGAUGUUUAUUAUUUUCACAUGUUUAUGCACAAAGACGUACUUUUACUUACUGAUAAAAGAAUCGCGUACCUUGAAAAAUGUGAUUUAUUUGGUGGUUGGAAGGUUGAUUGGUCUUACACUUGGCAAGAAAUUGAUCCACCUCCGAUUAUGGUUGACAAAGGAAUUCAAGUGUGUAUAAAAGAUAACAGUAGAAGAAAGAAACUUGGAGGAUUAUUUGGAACUUCAGAUAUGGUAAAGGUUCUUCUCAUCCCUGACUUACCAACAAAACAGCUACUAUGCAGCAAAAUGCAAGAGCAACUUCGACAAUAUGAACUUUAGAAUAUAAUGAAUCCUGGAAGAAAGAAGAAAAGAAAAUAAGUACCUGCCUCUCUGUAGUCAGGUUGUCAGGUUGUAAAUUAAAAAUCUAAUAAUUUUCAAAUGCUUAUGCACAAAGAUGAUAUUAUAUUUACUUAACAAAGACUGACCAAAACGCUUACUGAUACACAAAAGAAACUAUAUUCAGAAGUGACGAACAAUAUAUGUUUUUCUUAUAACGAGAACUAAUCAUGUAUAGUUCUGGUUUAAUUUGUGAUCAUAAUGUUAUAGUUUGGAAGUUAACUGUUAAUUUAUUGUUUUUUUAAAGAGAAAGCUCUAGUUGCUCGUGUCGUUAGAUAAUAAGUUAAUAGAGUAGUCUAAAAGCCCUAGAAAUAACUAAUAUUUUCUCAUCGAUAAUAAUCCAUUAUUCGACAUUGUUAAUGCUUUUGUACGUUUCCGAGCCUAGCGGUUCAAUCUGUAUUUAAUUAAUCUGUGCAAAUAAGUAUAAUAUGAAAGUUGAUAAUGUCAAAGAGCUUCAUAUUUUAUUUUCUAUAAUCAUUUGUUUUCCACUAUAUAUAAUAUUAUAUAUAUACAUAAAAAUGUAAUAUGUUUAUGCCGAAAUUACGCAAAAAAGUAUAGUAUUUAUGUGGCAUUUCCCGUCAAACCCCCUUGCGCGGCUGCCGCACGAUAUUUUUUUGACCAAUCACUUAAUUUCUAACUUACUUUAAAAGUACCUACAUGUAUUUAGAAAAAACGAACUUAUUAUUAAGAUUUUUCUAAUAGUUUAAAUCGAAAGAGCAGAACAUUUUCUAACGAACCAGUUAUGUUCCAGAAGUUGCUUUGAAGAUUUUUACGAGUUAUACCGAGAGAAAGAAAAAAAACAUUGUUUUUGCACAUUCAGUUGGCGUGGUGUGGCGAGAGAUGCCAUUUAUUUGCAUUAUAACUGUCUCUGAUUUUAUUAAGGUAUACCUCCCCAUUUUCGGUCAUGUCCCUAUAUUCGGUCAAUAAUUAAUAUUAACAAUUUAAUUAUACGUAGGAAAUUUUUUUUUAAUAAUUGGUUGAAUGAAUCGAACAUCUUCAACAGAAAUAUAUUAUUCAAAUUCAGAUAUCAAGUUUCAAAAAUUAAUUCAAAGUUGACCGAAAUGAGAGCCUAACUGACCGAAAAUAGGGGCAUAUACCUUACAGAUAAAUUUCCUUUUAUCUCUGAAUUACUAUGUUGAAAAACUUGUAUAAUGCUUGUUAAAUUGAAAAUUUUAUAUACUUUUUUUGUUGUUUUGUAUAAGUCUUACUUAUUGAAGAAUAUACUUGAAAAAUUGUAUAAGAGCAAAGAGUUAAUUUAUUGAUACAUGUAAAUCAAUAGUAAGCAUUGUUCAAAUAUUUGAUCAAAUAUAGCGAACGUUAAACGCUAAUGAUUAUUGAUUUCGAUACAGGAUGAUGGUCCUAUUGUCUGAAACUGUUGUUACAUUUUCCAUCGUUGUGUCGCAUCUUGUACAGAUUUUAAAAAAUAGACACGUUAAUGAUAUACUA